UUCUUUAAAUAAAUAUCUUCCUUCAUCCUUCUUCUCCGAUUUCAAAAAUCUCCGACGAUAAUGGAAUCUUACGGAAACCCUAACAAGCAAACUUCUUCUCUUUACCCUACCGUCGACAUGUCAAACCCCGAAGCUCCUCUCAACCCUAGCUCCUCCUCUUCUACAAGCAACCUCUAUCCUUCCCUCGACAUGAACGAUCUCGCCAACAAUCUCUUCCCCGAGCAACCUGAGACGCGUUCGACCCCCGUCUCAGCUCCUCCCGCCGCGACGGAGGAAGUGAUUCUGACAGUCUCCGGCGCGAUUCUCCACCUGAUCGACCAAUCAUACAGCGUCGAGCUCGCUUGCGGCGAUCUCUCCAUCAUCCGUAUCGUUCAGGACGGAAACAUUGUCGCUGUUCUCGCUCGCGUCGCCGACGAGAUCCAAUGGCCGUUGACUAAGGAUGAGAACUCCGUCAAGGUCGAUGAGUCUCACUACUUCUUCACCCUCCGUCCCUCUAAAGACUUCGGAUCUGAUUCGAGCGAUGAAGAAGACGAGGAUAAAGCGAAAGAGAACAGUAUGUUGAACUACGGACUCACGAUUGCUUCCAAAGGUCAAGAGCAUUUGCUGGAGGAGCUUGAGAAGAUCUUGGAUCAUUACAGCUGUUUCACAGUACAGAAAGUGUCGGAGGAAGCGAAGGAAACAGGGGAAGAGAUUUUGGAUGUGACGGUGACGAGAGAGACGUCUCCGGUGGAGCUUACUGGAGAGAGGAAAGAGGUUGUGGAGAAGCAGUGUGCUGUGUAUUGGACGACUUUAGCUCCAAAUGUAGAGGAUUACAGUGGGAAGACGGCGAAGCUGAUAGCUAGUGGCUCCGGGCAUCUGAUCAAAGGGAUUCUAUGGUGUGGUGAUGUGACUAUGGAUAGGCUCAACUGGGGGAAUGAUUUCAUGAAACGGAGGUUGAGCAAGGCUGAGAAGGAGAGGGAUGUUCAUCCUGACACCUUGAAAAGAAUCAAGAGAGUGAAGAAGAUGACCAAGAUGACAGAAAGUGUGGCAAACGGUGUUCUGUCUGGAGUAAUUAAAGUUUCAGGCUUCUUCACAAGUUCAGUUGCAAACACCAAAGCAGGAAAGAAAUUCUUUAGCCUUCUCCCUGGAGAAAUCGUCCUUGCAACUCUUGACGGUUUCAAUAAGGUCUGUGACGCUGUUGAAGUAGCUGGAAGGAACGUGAUGUCAACCUCGUCCACCGUUGCAACCGAACUUGUUGAUCACAGGCAUGGUGGUAAAGCGGCAGAGGCGACAAACGAAGGGCUAGACGCAGUGGGACAUGCUUUUGGGACAGCCUGGGCUGCUUUCAAAAUCAGAAAGGCUAUUAAUCCUAAGAGCGUUCUCAAACCUUCCUCUCUUGCAAAAUCAGCCAUUAAAUCGGCAGCUUCACAGAAGAAAGCCUAGUAAAGGGAUCCUUGUUGAAGCAUAAACAGGAAUAUUGAUGCAUGUUUGUUUGUAUUGUCUCUUGUCUUUGGUUCAAAUGUAAAACUGAAAAGAGGUUUGGUGCGUUUGGAUUAGUUGUUGUGAAGUGUUUCUCUGACUGAGAAUCAUGUGAUGUAAUGAAUAUGCGAUGUAUUUGCAAGUAGUGGGAGCUCUUAAAAUUUAUCA